UGCCUCUCUUCCUCCACACUUCUUCUCCCACCAACUCUCGUCACGCUACACGCGUCAUCCUCCUCGUUCACUUAGUCCGCGUCCCACCUUUCAAUUGUCCCAUCCCACACUCAUUCUUUCCUCCUUCGCUUCCAUCAUCACCUCUCACCCUCCUCAUUGCGCCCAUAUCCAUUACAACCUCGCUGCCGCCGUUGCGUAGACUUGAUUGCUCGCGCUGAAGCUGCGCAGUCUGCCCGAAGACAGGCCCAUCUCGUAUCACAGUAUCUCUUUAUCUAUUGACGCACUAAACCAGCAGUGAACAUGGGUAUCAACUACUACGCCUCGUCCCCAGCCGUCGUCCUCCCUCCCCGACAAGCCGACCAGUACCUCUCGUCCAUCCAGCGGGCCCACUCACCCAGGGCCAACUGGCGUCCUAAAUACCCAACACCUCCCUCCAUCAAUUACCUAGCUGCCCCCUUCAAUGCCACAGCUGGGCGGAAACGAACCAUCGCCGACGUUGAUGAUCCCGAAGAGAAUGCGCCCGCAGGCACUGUGGUCACUACACUUCCCGUAAAGCCGAAACCCGAACCCAUUUAUGGCCCAGGCAUGACUCUCAUCUAUCCUGACGAUGCUGGCUGGUUCAUCUCUGCGGAGUCGCAAUCCGGCACGUGGUGUGAAGAGAAGCAAGCCGAGAAAGAGAAGGCCGCCCCGGUUCGGCCCAUUGCGGUUUCGCGCAAAUCGCAACGCAUGGACUCUGCCCACGAUGUCACAAUCCCCUCUUUGAACGACAUGGCUGUACAGCCGGUGGACACUGUCAUUGAUGAGAAAGGCAACACCAUCAGCGCUCUCAUCUCCUCGCUCGGAGUAGGCUGGAAGAACAUCAUGGGCAACCCAACGCUACGGGACGCCGCGCGCGCCUACUCGCGUGUCAUUGAGAACCACUUUGACCUCACGGAAGCCACCGUCAUGCUCGAGAAGGAGUCGCUUGGAGCUUAUCUCGUUCGUGCCAAAAUGCAUGGCGUCCAAGGCUAUUGGCUUUUCGCAGACAGCCUCCAAUGGUGUCAACUCGUUGGAUGGUCGCUUCAACGGACCGUUGAAAACCUCAUGGCUGGACCCAUUCCUCGCGUGGAGGGAGAAAAGAUCUUCUCCCGCCAACGGACACCCACGCCAGGACCCUCCUCUCACGCUCCUGCGGUCGGCAUGCCUUCUGAGGAUGUGGACGCCAUGGAGAUGUAAAAGCCAUCAACCAAUUCCCUUAUGAUAUUACUUCAAUCUAGUCUUGCUGUCGGACGAUUUCUCCCAAGUAACCUCGACGAUUCGAUCUUCGGCUUUUCUCUCGCACUUCUCCCGGGCUUCUAUCUUUCAACAUUAAGCCUCAUGGGCCUCGUGGGGCUUUCCCUUCGGCGAUCUCGGCGUUUGGCGGUGGAUUCGCUUUCGCUCUCCUGGACGGUACGGACUAUUCCUUCAUUGACCAUGUAUUUUAGCACCUAUGCCUUGUUUGUGCGACAGCUUGAUCAACCCCUUUUGAUCGCGUCGCGUGUGUUCCAGAUAACUUCAUCGCUGGUGAACACGGCAACCUAUCUUCGAAACAGUAAGCAACGUAUAAAAAAUGAGAAUAACGAGUAUCCUUAUGAG